AUGGCUCCUGCUUUGAGUCGAAGCCUCUACACGACUCCUUUGACUUCACUUCCACUCACCCCGACCCGUCUCUCUCCUCUCAGAACCGCGUUUCUCCCUCGCGCCGGCAGUGGACUGAGAACCAGCGUUUCAUGUAGCUGGAACCUCGAGAAGAGAUGCAGCCGCUUCGCCGUGAAGUGCGACGCCGCCGUGGCGGAGAAGGAGACGGCUGAGGAAGUGUCCGGCGAGAAGUUCGAGUACCAAGCCGAAUUGGAUAAGCUGAGGUUCUUGAGUGUGACAGAGCCUGCAUUGCUUGGAGAUGGUGGUGAGCUUGAGAUUAGAAUCAAGCCUGAUCCUGAUAACGGCACUAUCACCAUUACGUAA